GCCAUAAACAAGUGCCAAAGCUGAGAGACUUGGGAGCAUCCAGCUAGAAUGGCUGCUCUUUGGUCUCUUCUAGUGUAUGCCUUGGCAUUCUCCUUCAUUUUCAGCAAUGUAGCUGCAGAUGAUCAUGACCCUUACUAUGCUUCUCCACCACCACCUCCUCCAUAUGUUUAUGCAUCUCCUCCGCCUCCUCCUUAUGUCUACAAAUCACCACCUCCACCUCCAUACAUUUAUAAGUCCCCACCACCUCCCCCUUACAUUUACAAGUCGCCUCCACCUCCUCCAUAUCUCUACAAAUCACCACCUCCACCUCCAUACAUUUAUAAGUCCCCACCACCUCCCCCUUACAUUUACAAGUCGCCUCCACCUCCUCCAUAUAUCUACAAAUCACCACCGCCUCCUCCUUAUGUUUACAGUUCACCCCCACCUCCUCCAUAUAUGUACAAGUCACCCCCGCCUCCCCCUUAUGUUUACAAUUCACCCCCACCUCCUCCAUAUAUGUACAAGUCACCCCCGCCUCCCCCUUAUGGAGGAAAAAUUUUGGAAGGUGUUGACCGUGAAAAAUAAUUAAGUGGAGGGUGCAAAUAGACCCUUUGGCCUAUUUUAUAUUUGUACAUCUCUAACCUCCAAUGAUUUUUUUCAUUUUUCACUUUUCUUUUAACUUAUAAUAAGUUUUGAUAAAUUAU